UGGAACGCAUCGAAAAUGGCCGCGGUCGAUAGCCAGACGAAGUUAGCGUCUGUGUUUUUGAGAUGAAUAGAUCUAGUUUGAGAGACUGAAAGUGUAUUUCGCACCCACAAUCUAUUGUUUCGAAAGGAACGCGCGUAUGCUCUCGAAGAACAGUGUCUGCGAACGGUAGUUAAGGUAAUUCAAGUCGGUUAAUAUACAGGACGAGCAGUGCAGAAGAGUCGUUCAACUCGAGUUUGUUGUUUUUCUUUUUUAAACGGUUUAUAAACAAAAUUUCGAGUGACGAUUUCGGGGAAUGAGAGGACCAAAAGGUCGUGUGUUUUAAGAAAUAAGAGUUUAGUGCCCUGGCAAUUGAUUUUUGUGUGGAAAAUUUUGUUUUAAUCGUUUAGUGUUUACUGGUUUUGAGAGGACUGUAUGAACUAAAGGACAUUCAUAUUUCAUCAUUGAAUACAGCUGACUAAGUUUGAUAGACAAGAUACUGAAUUUACUGUAUCAUAGUGUACGUUAUUUUACCUUUUUCUGACCGUUGUCAGGGCUAUGGUCAGUGUAUAACUGAAGUCAACAAUAACAACAAUACUAUUGAGAUUUACAUUUGGCUUGUCUCGAGGAUAUGCUCUCCAAAGACAGUGAUUUGCACUAAACUGUGUCCAAGCAAUGUAAGAGAGAAAUUGGUAGGUCAACACACUGGAUCGAGCUAGCUCUGGACCAGGGGGUUGCCUCGACGGCGGUGGGGCACAUCCCUCCGUCGUCCCUCAGCCCCCAGGACUGCCCCAGCUGCAUGCUGAAGUCACUCCUAAGCAGGCUGUGGUAGAGAGGUUAAGGAGACGUAUAGAAUCAUACAGGAAAAGACAGACUGACUGCAUGCCGCGUUUCGAUCAGUCCUUUUCAGGACUGUGCGAGCAGAAUCUGCAGGACACCCUGCACCUAAAGCAGAGGUUUCUGGAUGCCAAGGCCAAGAGAGUGUCCAAAGCAAAGGACAAGAAACAGGAAGCCAUCCAGAGCAGUGUUCACGUGCAACAAAAAUUUUUGAAACGCUCCGCCGACGAUUUAGACACCGGUGGUCCAUUGGACAGUUUUGAACCACCAGUAAAAUUACAGUGCACAACGCAACAACAUGGGUCUCAUCAGAACGAAGGCUUAACCAAAUUUUCCGUCGAAAUUGUACAACAACUAGAGUUUACUACUAGCGCCGCCAGUUCGCAGCCCCAACAGAUCAGCACGAACGUGACGGUAAAAACGCACGCUAAUGCCAGCGUUAAAAGCGACGUUUCGUCGCCCAAGGCCUCCACACCCGGAACGCCUGGUCACCAGCAGCAGCAAAAGGCCAACAUCGGCUUGGAUGUGGGCACACUCGUCGAAUGCGUCAAACAAGAACCGGACAAUGAUUUCGCGGACUUGGACCAAUGCGCCGCGGCUCUGGAGAAAGAUGCUGCAGCCAAUGGCGGAGCGGGAUUCGGGGGAUUCCCCGACCUCAUCGGCGACGACACCAACGACGAAAUUAUGUCGUCGGCUGCGUUCAAAGACUUGAUAUCCGACAUUAGCAACUACUCGGACUAUCCCGAACUCAUGAAGGAGUUCGAUUUCGAGGACAAGCCUAGCGAGAAUGUGAAUAACAUGAAGGCUGAAGAUAUCAAAGAUACAGUACCCACGCAGCCUGGCAACGACCUCAAGCAUACCCAGAGUCCCUUAUUGGGCAACCAAAACAAUUUUUCGCCGCCGGUAUAUGAGAAAAAUCCGGCAGCAGCCGUCAACGCUCGACUGCCCUAUUCCAAUAUGGACUUUACCAAGACCGAAUUGAGCCCAGCUGCGCAGACGUUGAAACAGAUGGCGGAACAGCAUCAACACAAGAACCAAAUGGGACUAAACUUUAAUCCGGCCAAUAGAGGUCCCAGCGCCAGGUCUCCAUAUUCCCAGGACUUCCAAUUCCAAGGCGACUAUGGCAGUAGCAAUCCUAACCCCAGCAGCUUCCACAAGAACGGUUCCAGUUUUCCGCAACCGGACAUGAUCAAACAGGAAAUGAUCUUCCAGGGCAACGAUUUCAACGACAUGAAAAGGAAAGCAGCUCCACCUACCAGCGGCAUGUACACGAAACAGCAACAGUACUCGCCAUAUGGCAGUCCAGGCCAAAGCGGAAGCCCGGGCUACCUCAAUUCCGGACGCGGAAACGGACCCAAUUCCGGUCCUUUUGGAGGGGGUACUCCGCCCAGGCCACCCUCAGGUCCUGGAGGCAAUCAACAGGGUCCUGGAGGUACUUCGGUCCAGAUAAAUCAAGCGCAGCAGUUGAAUAUCAGUCAGCAGAAUCAUGGGCAUAUACAGGUGUCUGCUGGACAGCAACUCCACCUAAGUGCUGAUAUCAAGGGCAACGUUUCAAUAGCAGCACAGCAAGGCAUGCAUUUCACGCAACAACAGCAACAGCAGCACAAUGCAUCUUCGGCUGGUUCACAGAAUCCCACAGGUGGAGCUAAUGCCCAACAUAGUCCUAUGUCUUCCAGUCAACAUCAAACGGGUCCCAUGUCUGGAGGAAUGGGUUCUCAAAAUCCAAUGAGUCAGGGCAACAGUCAGCAAAUGGGCGGAAACAUGAACCCAAUGAACCAACAGAUGGCAGGAGCACAAAUGGGCGGACCUCAAGGUUUGAGCGGUAUGCAAAACCCCACUGGAAAUAUGGGCGGCCAAAGCGGUAUGCAAGGUGGUCUUGGUGGUAUGAUGGGCGGUCCUAAUAUGUCCCACGGAAAUGUACUGAGCGGUCAUCCAGAUUCGUAUUCGAUGUCGCAAACGCAAACCAUCAACUUUACGCAGCAGACUUUGAGAAGGGCGACAGGUCCACCAGGUAAAAUAUUUUACCACUUAAAAUCGAAAGGUAUGGGUACACCAAUGGGCGGUCCUUCAGCCGGACCAAUGGGCGCGUCGACUGGGCCUCUGGGUCCGCGUCUAAUGUCCGCGCAAACACUAGAACAGCAGAAACUGCAACAGAUGUUGCGAGCGCAGGCGAUGCAGCAGCAACAACAGCAACAGCUGCGACCUCCGCCGCCGGAUUACAAAACUAGCGCAGGCUUGGGACAGGGUAUGCAACCGCGAUACGGCGCACCAGCUCCCCCACCUAAUAUGCGCAGGAUGCCACACCAACCGAUACCUCCAUCAGGUCCAAUGAUACGUUCCAACGUGUAUAUGUUGCAACAACAGCAACAGCAGCAAAUGGCAGGACGUUCUAUGUUUAAUCGCCAGCCUGGUCCGAUGGGUGGUAUGGAAACCAUUCAGCAGAAUAAUUCGGCAGAAUGGCGCCAGUUGUUGAUGUCCCAACAGCAGAAUGCGAACUUUGGUGCAAUGAGGCCAUCCUUCCAACAAGGUGGAUUUAAUAUGAAUAUGGGAGGAGGUUCGUUGCAACAGAUGACGGCGCUCCAGCACCAACAGCAACAGAUGCGCGCCCAACAGGCGAGUAUGGGAGGCGGCCAGGGAGGUAUGGGUCAUGUGAUAGGAGGCCAGGGCGGUCCCAUGGCCCAGAUGAAUUCGAUGAAUCAGGCGAUGCUGCACAUGCAACAACAGCAGACGCUGAUGCAGCAGCAGCAACAACAGCAGCAGAAUUCACAGAUGUCAAUGUCCAACAUCCACAUGCAACAGUCACAGUCCAUUUCCAUCAGCGGCCAAUCGAUGCAACAGCAACAACAGCCCUCCAACGGCAACAUGCUCACGAAUACUUCGAACAAUUCCAACAGCGCGACUAACGCCCUGGCCUCGUUCAAUCCGCAAACGACGGAUUUCAAUUUUGAAUUCCUAGACAAUCUUUCGGCCACCGGCGAUACCGCCGCCUUUACAGACCAGGAGCUGUUGAAUUCCUUCGGCGCGGAUGCCGGAUUUCCUCUCGAUUUCUAAUAGGCAACCGCGUAUUGUUGGGAAGUAUUUCGUACAGUGGAUUUUAGAUGAUCCACAGAAGAAAAUGUGAUUGUAUCAAAGAAAGUAUUUGAAACAGAAAUUAAUUGUUUUAGAUCAAAGAUAAUUUGUAAACACUGUCCAAGAAAGUGUACCAAUCAAAAUAUAUUAUAUGGUUUGUGUCAAAAAGUUUGCAAUAAUAAGGUGAGAAAAUAUUAUUGAAAAAAGCCAAAGAGAAAUAUUGCUCAGGAUUUGAUUUUAUGUCUAUACCGGGUGUUUUUCAAAAGUGGCUCUCAUAUAACUUUUUUUAAAGAGAUUUGUUAAAAUGGGCGUGGGGAGUCAGGGAACACAAUAAUUCAUUUAUGGCAUAUUACUAACAUAACAAAUCUCUUUUUUCUAUCUGUGGCGCCUACGCCAUUGCCGCCUCCAACGGUAUCAGGCCCGGAGGUUCGACGGCGCAAACAGGUACUCCUGCCUCGAGAAGUUUUCUCUUGCUGGUCAUGAAGGCCAGGUCCACAGAGAAAAGAAGAACCGAGUGACAGUCCGCGUUGUCAUCCGUCAACGAAGUCAGUCUCAGUUAGUCAGUGAAGAGGGCCGCCAGCUAGUCAGAUGUGCUCAUUCGUUUCUGUUAAAUUUCAGUCCUAUUUAUAUUAAUGUUAAAUAAAAACGUUGUUAGAACACGCGCCGCAUUUCAAUACGACCACGGUCACAUCCCUAAAUAUUUGAAAAUAUAUUAAAGUUAUAGGGGUGAGCCACUUUUGAAAAACACCCGGUAUACUAAAUGUCAUAAUAUACAGAUACUUCAUAUCAUUUUUCUGUACGGUCUAGUAAUGAACCGUAAAAAUAUAAAUGCCAAUUUUCUGAAUAUAAAUGCCGGAUUUUGGAUCAAAAUUUUAAACCGCACAAGUAGGCGUUUACGAAAAAUGUUGCAUCUAGGGUUGGAAC